AAUUCCACCCGCAUUUGCCAUUUACAGACGUUUCUGUGUUUGUUUAUUUUUUGUUAGUCCAUUUUCGUGCUAAGAAAAGCAAUCAUGUCCGCUCUGCAAACCCAACAACGCCAGCAGUACUAUAAAAAUGCCAAAAACAGCAGUGAGAACUUGAGAAAGAAGCGUCAAGAUGGAAACGUCCAGCUUCGAAAGUGCAAGCGGGAUGAACAGAUGCUUAAACGUAGAAACAUGAACCUGGAGGAUCUCAAUACGAGUCCAUUGAAGGAAAUGAAUAGACAAGAUGUCAGCGGUGUUGUGAUGAAAUUUGAAGACAUUGUGGAUGGUAUUACGAAAAGCUCUGAUGAGAUGCAGCAGUUUAUUUGCACACAGAAUGCUCGAAAGAUUCUCUCACGUGAACGUCACCCACCCAUUAGCAAGAUGGUUGAAGCCAACAUUGUGACAAAGCUCGUUGAGUUUCUUGCUUUGGAACAUAAUCCCUCCAUGCAAUUUGAGGCAGCAUGGGCUCUCACUAAUAUUGCAUCAGGAAACAGUGAACAAACAUCAGCUGUUGUUCAAUCUGGUGCAGUUCCAAGUCUUAUUGCUCUGCUAAGCAAUCAACAUAAGAAUGUUGUGGAACAGGCAAUGUGGGCACUUGGUAAUAUAGCUGGUGAUGGAGCUUCAAUGAGAGACUUCGUCCUUGAAAAAGGAAUCAUUCGACCACUGAUUCAACUCAUUACAGAUGACGCACCUGUGAGUUCACUUUUUAAACAAUGCGUUGUAAAAUAUUCACCUCUCUUUUCUCAGGGAUCCUUUCUGCAAAACUUAACAUGGACGGUGUCUAACUUGUGCAGGAAUAAAAACCCUCACACAGCCUUGCCAUUUAUCGUUCAACUUUUACCAACUAUCGUGAAGUUAGUUCGUGUGGAUGAUAUGCAGGUUAAAACUGAUGUGUGCUGGGCACUAAGCUACAUCACGGAUGGUCCAAACGAUCGAAUUGAGUUGGUAUUAAAGACUGGUGUGGUGGAAGAACUUGUUAGAUUGCUCAAGCAUACUACUGAUGGUAUGCUGCUUACACCUGUGCUACGUGUCAUUGGUAACAUUGUAACUGGGACAGACCAACAGACUCAGAGAGUUCUUGAUCUUGGAACACUUGAAGCUUUCCCCAAACUAUUGUCACAUGACAAACCAACAAUCCAAAAGGAAGCAGCAUGGACACUGAGCAAUAUAACUGCUGGCACCCAGGCUCAAAUACAAGCCAUUAUUGAUGCUCAUCUUAUACCUAUACUCAUUGCACUUUUAAUGAAGGGUGACUACAAGACGCAGAAAGAAGCAUGUUGGGCAAUCACCAAUUACACAUCUGGUGCUUCCAUUGAACAGCUUGUAUAUCUUGCUAAUAAUGAUGUUAUACCUGCUUUGUGCUGCUUGCUUGAAGUUAAAGAACCAAAGAUUCUUCAAGUUUGUUUGGAUGGCAUUACAAACAUGUUGGUAACUGCUGAGAAAGUUGGUGAAAUUGAAGCCAUGUGUUGUGCACUAGAAUCAUGUGGUGGUGUAGAUCAUAUUGAACAUCUACAGCAGCAUGCAAAUGAAACAGUAUACAGCAUGGCUCUUAAUAUUAUUGAUAGAUUCUUCAAUUGCGAAGAUGACGAGUCAGAGAACAUUGCUCCAAAAACUGAAGGCAGUGAUUAUUUCCAAUUCAAUGUGGAAGACAAGAAUUCAAGCCAGGGUGGAUUCAACUUCUAAACCUUUCUAUGAUUGCCACUUAAAUCUAUGUUGCGUUCUUUGCUGCCAAUACUGCCCUUUAUUUUCUGAUUGGAUUUACCUUUCGAUUAACGUAAAAAAGUGCAACCUUUAAGUUUCUAUUAUUUGGCUUUCGUUGAUUACAAUAAAUGCAUAGUUAUGAAGUAUUUUGAA